CAACGCAAUGGUGUGGUGUAUGAAAUCUCGCAAGGAAGCCCUUCAACAGCAAAUUCAGUACAACCCUCACAGCCCGAAGCAAUACAGGCCUUAUGAGGACGAAGACCUGUGGACUCUCCGAGUCUAAGCUGGUGGCCUCACCAAGAUGGCGCGAAGCGUGUGGAGUAGCCUAAUUUUCUUCACUUUCAUGCGGGUAGCCAUCUCCGACUACUCCUUUGAAGAAAGGCAUUCGCAAGAGAGCACGCGAGAUUACGACGUCUGCAGGACUAAAGUAUGCAGAGAAAAGGCCAAUGAAAUAAAGAAGACCUUGAGCGAAACAGUGAGGCCGUGCGACGACUUUUACAAGUAUGUGUGCAGCGGAUGGGAGCAGGCGAACGAAAUUCCCAGUGACAGAGUUACGUACGGCGCUUUCAAGCAAGUGGAAGAAAAACUCUUCAAGGACUUGAGAGAGAACCCCGACCGGCGAAGUCUGAACGACCUGAAGGCAAUAUUGGCAGAAGACGGUUUCGAGGAGUGGCCCCUUGUUAGCAAAAAGAAGAAGCAAUUUGGCGACUACAAAGCGGUGCUGCUCAAAACCGGUAUGACACCGCUGUUCAGAAUGAGCGUGACGAGAGACACGAAAGACCUUUCACGCAACAUUAUUCAGUUUGACCAAAUCGGCUUCUCUCUCAUUGGACGAAACGAGCUCAUGAAACCGAAGAAGAAGAAGUACAAAAGAAGCGUGCACGCUUACAAGGCUUUGAUCAGAACUGCGCUGAGUGUCAUGAAUCCCAAAUUGAAGCCUGCUACUGUGAGCGACCUCUCAGAAGAAAUAUUUUCUUUCGAGAGCCAGCUAGCAAAGAUGACUGCCUCUAAGGAGGAGAGACGGGACGUUCUUCGACUCUACAAGAGGGCAACACUACGAGAGCUGGAGAGAAAGUUUCGAGGACUGCCGCUGCUUGACCUUCUGAACCUGGAGUUCACGCUGGUGAACAUUACGCUGACCGAGAAGGAACCAGUGGGCAUAAUGGCCGAGCGCUACUUCGCCUUAGCAACAAAGUUCUUGAAGACAGCGAGCACGCGGGCUUUGUUCAACUACAUGGGUUGGCGAGCGGUGCUCUUGAGAGCAAGCCACGCUUCCAAGCGAUUCCGCGAAGCCAAGCUCGACUUCAACAAGGCCUCCACGGGGCUGAUGAAGGAGCCUCCGCUCUGGAAGACUUGCGUCAAGCUGAUUUCAUCCGCAAUGAAAGAAGUCGUCGGUCGUGUCUACGUCAUGAAGAAGUUCAGCGCGCGCGCGAAGGAAGACGUAGAAAAACUUGUGGAGAAUAUGAAGCGCACGUUUCAAGAAAGGUUGAGAAGAAUUAAGCUGAUGGAUAAAUCAACUAAACAAAAAGCGGAACAAAAGCUGAAGAAUAUGACGCCCAAGAUCGGCUACCCAGAGUGGAUGCUGGACACCGACUUUCUGGAACACCUCUACAGACACCUUGGCGAUUUUGGGCGUCGUGAACCGUUUGUCAGAAUGUUGGAGAAGGUCAUUGAGAACAACUACAAAAACAGUCUCCUCGAUCUGCGCCAGCCCUUCAACAAGACGUUGAAGUGGUCCUCGGGUCCUGCAGUCGUUAACGCUUUUUACAGUCCGGACAAGAACGAAAUGCUUUUCCCGUCAGCGAUACUAAAAGGUGUGUUCUACAGGCACGGUUUGCCAGACUCACUGAAUCUAGGAGGCAUCGGCUCAGUCAUUGGUCACGAAAUGACUCACGGAUACGACGAUCGCGGAAGCCAGUUUGAUGGUGACGGACGAUUGCAACAGUGGUGGAGCAAGCGUACGCGGAAACACUUCAUGGACAAAGCGAACUGCUUCGUGAAGCAAUACGGGGACAUCUUUGAUGCCGAGGCUGGUAUGCAGACGCUGGCUGGUGACGCCGACCAGAAGCCAACUCGCGGGGAGGCCACGACGCCGCAGGCUCUACAGGCCCGGGUCCGCGCCGCUCUGGAAUCAUCUGCAUUGCGACCAGCACCCGCAAUCCCAGAGGGCGACGGCAAGCGCUCCUACCUCCUGGUGGCAGGGUCGCUCGUCCUGGUCUUCAUGACGGCAAUCGCUGCUGGCAGCGCACUCCGUCGACGCUGGAGGAAAAGGAGGAGGUCAUCGCCGGGCGCCCGGAGGUUCGCCGAGGUGCCUUAA